AUGGAGGAUCUUUGCCCGGAAACCAGGAACGGCAUUUCGAAUGAGGCGAGGAUUGCUGUGGUUGAUUUUCAUAAUCGAAUGAGAACUCGUCUCGCUCAAGGCAAGCAGCGUGAUAAGCGCUCAAUUUUUGCACCGCCUGGCCGGGAUCUUCUGAAAAUGAUGUACGAUUGCGAUAUUGAAGCCAACGCACAAUCUUGGGCCGACGCCUGUAAGCAUAGGCAUACCGAUGGGCGAACUCGACGGAUGCUGGACAUUGGUGAAAAUUUGGCGUGGAUCCCUGGAAAUCGAUCUGAUACCGAACACGUCACAUUUUCUAGCUUCUUGUGGUGGCGAGAGGUUGAAAGCAUCGGCAUUGGCAACGAUACGACCUUUCUCUACGAAUUCUUGCAACAAGGAUUGGGGCACUACACGCAGAUGGCGUGGCACGGUUCGUUCCGGUUGGGUUGCGGGAUGAACCAGUGCAAUGAUUGGAUGUAUGUCGUCUGUCAAUAUACUCCCAGGGGUAAUGGACCGGAAGGAAGAAAAAUCUACACAAUCGGAGAUCCCUGUAAAACCGACGAUGAUUGUCCUGGGCAUACAAAGUGUCUGGAGGAGGAGGCACUCUGUGAGGUGCCACCGGAGACAAUAAAAAGGAGGAAGCGGUCGAAUUGGAAACGA